AUUACCGCCUUAGAAAAUCCGCGCACGUUGUGCUACUAGAACACGAGUUUUCGCGCAGAGCUGUAGAGGUACACAGUACGCAAUCUGUAUAGCUUUUGCGCCCGGAGUUUUUACUGGUUUUGUUCGCUUUGACAACGUUGAAGCAGUAAACUAAACACAAGAUGAUGUCCAGAGCAGUUGUCAGUUGUGGCCGGUUUAUGGCCCUGCAGGCGCGCUUCGGGGUUGUCAACGGAAUGGCUCGUUCUGUAGCGCCUCGUGAGAUCCGGCCUUCCAUGAUAGCGUUCUAUUCGACAAAAACCAAGGGCGACCAAGAGCUAUCCAGUUUUCUCUCGGACGAAAUUAUUGCUGAGAGGAAAGCUCGCAAACACGACGCGAUGCCAAAGGUUGAAGGAUUCGAUAUGAAAACCAAGGGGUCCGAAGUUACGCUUGUCCGAAAAUUCAACGAUGAAAUGAUCACAGUUGCGCUGAACGUUAACCACACCGUCGAUGCGGAAGAUGUAAGUUCCACUCAAAGUGGUGAGGCUACUGAGUCGGGUGAGAUGCUCAGUAAGCCCAAUUUUGAUGUCACGAUCGAGAAGGCCGGACAGAAAUUGGUCCUUUCAUGUGCCUACGCUUCCGACCCUUCAGCAGAUCAAGACGGAUAUGAUUUGUUCCAGAUCGUAGAGUUCUCAAUGCACACCGGUGAAGAGUUACAGGAUAGCGACUACUCGGUUUCGGGCGACAUCAUGGAUGGCCAUCUCUAUGAUUUACUGAUGAACCUUUUAGAAGAGCGCGGCGUCACAAACGAAUUUGCCGAGCAGCUCAUCGAUUUGAGUACGUCGUACGAACACGGACUGUAUAUCAAUUUGCUUGAAAAACUUAGGGACUUUGUGUCAAAGUAAACACCGUUAGAAAACAGCAUUCAUAGACAACCAAAAAAUGAAUGAAACCAUCACUAGCAAUAAUAGCGGGUUGCGAAUCCGGCGUAAAAAGAAGAUAACUUGGUUUAACUGACAACAAAGAACUGCUUCAUGGUAUUCGUAUUUAGCUUUUUUCAUUUACCCUAUUUUUGAACUAACUCUUUAAUAAGCGCUCUUUCUGCGCUAGUGUUAGAAAGAAAAGGUGGUUGUUGAAUGGGUCUGGUGCUUGUAUUUUCUCCAGCGAGUUUAUAGUUCGAUUGCCACUAUUGAACAUCAUCGGAAUCUGGCUUUGGGGAUCAUUUUAUACGUGGCUGUAAUCAAUUACAAAAUACAAAGAAGGCUCAGUGGCGUCGGGCUGUUAUAUGUGGCUAAUCUUAGAAUUACUUGAGGAAAUUGCAAACCUUUUUUUAAUUUAUACACUUUCAUUUUUACCGGAAUGUCGCUAUUAUAAUAUUGAUAUAAGUAUAGUAUAUGUGAAAAUACGUUAAUCAUCAUAUCCAUAACGUUCCAUAGCAGUGCUAACAUGUUCAACAUCGAACGAAUAGGAUUGAAUGAAAGUUUACUGUUUUGUUGCUAAGGCAACGUGAGAUAAAGAUGUAAAAAUGAAAAGGAAGAAAUAUUUGCGUAUUAAACUAUACCUAUAUUUAAAACG